GCAGAGAGCCUAGAGGCCGGUCUGGAAUUGCGCUUCGGCACUCAGCGGAAGGCCGACAGCCCCUGGCCAGGCUCCCCCGAGUCAGUGCCUAUGCCUUCCCAUCUGCAGCUGCAGGAGUUAGACGCCUAUGCCGAGCUCGUUGAGCAGCUCCGCAGCGAAGUCGCCAUGGAGCGCGCCGAGAGGGAGGUGUCUGCGAGGAAUUUGGCCGCGCUUCGAGAUUCGUAUCGACUGCUUCUGCUUCGAUCUUCCAGAGAUUGCUCCAACCAAACUCCAGUGAAAGCCAGCAUGGCUGCCGUGCCCACAGCGGUGCCACCCAUUGUACAUUGA